GUGAGUUUUGAAAGGAAAGUCCCAAAUUGAGGUAUAAAUACGUUUCUACUCAAAACUAAUAUUCACUGGAGCCAGACAUAUCUUACCAUACAGACCACAGAUAACGCCACCAAACCACUACAUCUUGGAAUUUAGUAGGAUGAACGUUUACACCUUUUCCCUGCACUGUUAUCUGGUCGGAGCAGUCCUUGCCGCCCCACUAACGGAGUUCUCACUUAAAGACGGAGCACUUAUGGAACGCCCCGAUUUUCUCCGUGCUGUUGAACACAGUCAGAGUUUGGUCAACAAGAUCCUGAAAGAUAUACCCGACACGCACAAGUCCUGCGUCAGUUCUAAGAGUCUGACUCUUCACCCGACUCUUCAACCAAUCAGUGAGCCCAGUAACCUGCAGUUUAUGGAGGAUUCCCUGAAGAUCCCCCGAGCCCCUGUACUGAAGGGCCUGUCUGAUGAGUUCACGCUGGAAAUGUGUCUGAAGCACAUUUCAGAAGGGCUACAGAUGUACCAGGAUGUGCUAAGUACCCUCCACAAUCGAGUGUCCAACCCAGAGAAGAUGAAAGGGAUGCACGCUGACGUCAGAGACUUGCUGGCCCAGAUCACAAAGAUGCAGGAACUGUGCCGGUUCGAGACCGGGGUGAAGUACGGGGGCUCCGGCCUGGCCUCCCGCCUCAGCGGGGACUUCGAGGUGCAGGUGGCCGCCCACCUCUCCCUCCUGCAGCUGCAGGACUUCGGCCGGGACGUCUUCCGCAGCCUGCGCAACAUGACGCGAAGAGCCAGACCUGGACGAGUAGGCCCCCGGGCUGCCUGUGCGGUCGCAGAAGCGUAAUAAAUAGGCAUUUAGCAGACACUAUUUUCAAGAGUCCCCAAGUUUAAGUACCCUUACUCAAGGGUAUUGAUUGCCAGCGUCCCAUCUGAGAAUCAAAUCCGCAAGUGUCUGGCUUACAAAUGCAGUUCUCUAUCCAUUGCACUAUACUUCUGGCAAGUGGGGUG